AAAAUGAGGAAAGUGAGGAAAAUGAAGAAUUUCAAGAAGAUUUUAACAAUAUUAAAUUUCCUCCCGAGUUAGAGGCUUCAAUUUCUCAAAUACUUCAAACUAAUGAUCCAUUAGAUAGUAAUGAUUUUAAUCCAAUAGAAUAUCUUAAUCAAAUGCUUCCAAAUGCGACUGUCGACGUGACUGCCAAAAAGCUUCAAGCUAAAAUGCGACAAUUGAGUGAAGAUAUCAAGGAACUUUCUAGGUUGCAAACUGAUGGUGGACAACGAGGACCAGAAGAAGUCGCAGAGGCUAAGAGAGCGAUAGAGGAGCUUUUUGAUAGAAUAAGAAAAAUCGAAGAGAAAGCAUCACAAUCAGAAACCAUGGUGCAAGAAAUAACCAAAGAUAUUAAAUCAUUGGAUUAUGCUAAGAAACAUUUGACAAUUUCGAUUACUGCUUUGAAACGAUUGCAAAUGCUUG